ACCAUGAGAACCAUGCGCCUUGCUUGGUUGCUCCCACUUUUUAUUCACAUACUAAUCAAGAACACAGCUCAAGCUCCGGCUGUCAACAACUCGACAUGCGAUCAAGCAAAGGAAUUUGAUUGCGGGAACGGGAGACUCCGAUGCAUUCCCGCGGAGUGGCAAUGCGACAACGUAGCGGACUGCGACAACGGAAGAGACGAAUCGGGCUGCUCAUAUGCGCAUCAUUGUUCGACAAGCUUCAUGUUAUGCAAGAAUGGACUGUGUGUCGCAAAUGAGUUCAAAUGCGACGGCGAAGACGACUGCCGCGAUGGAAGCGAUGAGCAGCAUUGCGAGUACAAUAUCCUGAAGUCUCGCUUCGAUGGUUCCAAUCCUUCGGCUCCUACCACUUUCGUUGGUCACAAUGGCCCAGAAUGCCAUCCUCCUCGUUUACGAUGCCGAUCAGGACAAUGUAUUCAACCAGAUCUCGUUUGUGAUGGACAUACGGAUUGUUCUGGAGGAGAUGAUGAGGUCAACUGCACCAGAAGGGGACAUGAAAAUAUGCAGUCCUCGACUGAUUUUCACGAUGAUGUUCAUCUUGUCGAUCCAACCUUUUUCGCUAAUGAAGACAAUAAGUGUCGGAGUGGAUACACAAUGUGCCAUAGCGGAGACGUCUGCAUACCUGACAGUUUUCUUUGUGACGGCGAUCUAGAUUGUGAUGAUGCUUCGGACGAGAAAAACUGCCAAACUAAUGCUCCAAGCGAAGAAGAAUAUCUUUCUGGGCAAGCCGAUCACAUGCAUUCGUGCUCAGCAGCAGGAAUGUAUUCUUGUGGAACAAAAGGAUCCGAAAUUGGCGUUUGUAUUCCGAUGAAUGCCACGUGUAAUGGGAUCAAGGAGUGUCCACUAGGAGAUGACGAGUCAAAACAUUGCUCCGAAUGUGCCAGAAAGCGAUGUGACCACACAUGUAUGAACACUCCACACGGGGCUCGCUGCAUUUGUCAAGAAGGAUAUAAGCUUGCCGAUGACGGACUCACUUGCGAGGAUGAAGAUGAGUGUGCAACUCAUGGGCACUUGUGCCAGCAUUUCUGUGAAGAUCGUUUGGGUUCCUUUGCAUGCAAAUGUGCCAACGGUUAUGAGCUUGAAACGGAUGGGCAUUCUUGUAAAUACGAGACAACCACUACGCCAGAAGGAUAUUUGUUCAUCAGUCUUGGUGGAGAAGUUCGACAGAUGCCAUUGGCAGAUUUCACCGAUGGUUCAAAUUACUCGCCGAUUCAAAAGUUUGCUGGCCACGGAACCAUCAGAUCGAUCGACUUCAUGCAUCGCAACAACAAAAUGUUCAUGUCAAUUUCUGAUGAGCACGGUGAUCCAACUGGCGAAUUGUCAGUGUCCGACAAUGGAUUGAUGAGAGUUCUUCGAGAAAAUGUCAUUGGAGUGAGCAACGUGGCAGUCGACUGGAUUGGUGGAAACGUUUUCUUCACACAAAAAUCUCCAUCUCCAAGCGCUGGGAUUUCCAUCUGCACAAUGAGCGGAAUGUUCUGUCGCCGAGUUAUCGAAGGCAAAGAACAAGGACAAUCCUAUCGUGGUCUUGUUGUUCACCCGAUGCGCGGUCUCAUCAUCUGGAUCGAUUCUUAUCAGAAAUAUCAUCGCAUCAUGAUGGCUAAUAUGGAUGGGUCUCAGGUCAGAAUCCUUCUCGACAACAAGUUGGAAGUUCCAUCAGCUCUUGCCAUCGACUACAUCCGCCACGAUGUCUAUUUUGGAGAUGUUGAACGUCAGUUGAUCGAAAGAGUCAAUAUCGACACGAAAGAGCGCCGCGUAGUGAUUUCGAACGGAGUUCAUCAUCCGUAUGACAUGGCUUACUUCAAUGGUUUCCUAUACUGGGCAGAUUGGGGAAGCGAGUCAUUAAAGGUUCAAGAGAUGACCCAUCAUCAUUCGAGUCCUCAAGUCAUCCAUACUUUCAAUCGUUAUCCAUAUGGUAUUGCUGUCAAUCACUCACUCUACCAGACUGGUCCUCCAUCAAACCCAUGCCUUGAACUCGAGUGCCCAUGGCUCUGCGUUAUUGUGCCAAAGAGCGAUUUCAUUAUGACUGCCAAGUGUGUCUGCCCAGACGGAUACACUCAUUCCGUCACUGAAAACUCUUGCAUCCCGCCUGUGACGAUUGAGGACGAGGAGAACCUUGAGAAGCUUUCCCACAUUGGAUCUGCUUUGAUGGCCGAAUACUGCGAAGCUGGUGUCGCGUGUAUGAAUGGAGGAGCCUGCCGUGAACUACAAAAUGAGCACGGAAGAGCUCAUCGCAUCGUUUGUGAUUGUGAGGGUCCAUAUGACGGGCAAUACUGCGAACGGCUCAAUCCAGAGAAGUUCUCCGCAAUGGAAGAGGAAGAUUCGUCCUUAUGGCUUAUCGUUCUGCUUCUCAUUUUUCUCAUCAUCGUUGCGGUAGUCGGAAUUAUUGCCUUCCUUUGGUUUUCUCAACAAGAGCAUAUGAAAGAUGUGAUUUCCACUGCCCGUGUCCGUGUUGAUAACAUGGCUAGAAAAGCGGAAGAUGCUGCAGCUCCAAUUGUCGAGAAGUUCCGCAAGGUCACUGAUAAGCAGAGGAGCACGCCUCCUAGAGAAGGUUGUCAAACGGCAACAAACGUUGACUUCGUUUCCUACGAGACAAAUGCUGAGAAAAGAAUUCGGAUGGACUCUUCGCCGACGUCAUACGGAAACCCCAUGUACGAUGAAGUUCCUGAAUCGUCAACUGGUUUCGUCAGAUCGGCUUCCGCACCAUUCGCUGGAGUCAUUCGAUUUGAGAACGACAGCUUGUUGUGAAUUCUACUACAAAAUUACUAAAUCAGAUGUCUGUAAAGUAUAUCUAUUUUUGCCUAUUUAUUGCAUGAAAGUUGAUAAUGUCUACU